AGUCGGGCUGCUGGAGUGCGGCGCCACCGCGGGAGUCAGCGAGCCGGCUGACGGGCGCGCUGGCGAGGGGGUGGCGGCGAGGGCGCGGCGGCUGCGGUGUGCAGGGCAGGGGUCUGCAAGGCUGCAGCCUCCUGAGGGCCAGCCUCGCCGAGACGGGAACUGGGUCUGAUCCCCGCGCACACCAAAGACGAGGCGGCUGUGGCGGCAGCGGCGGCCCCAGCCAUGCUGUGCUAUGUGACGAGGCCGGACGCGGUGCUGAUGGAGGUGGAGGUGGAGGCGAAAGCCAACGGCGAGGACUGCCUCAACCAGGUGUGCAGGCGAUUGGGAAUUAUAGAAGUUGAUUAUUUUGGACUGCAAUUUACGGGUAGCAAAGGUGAAAGUUUAUGGCUAAAUCUAAGAAAUCGGAUCUCCCAGCAGAUGGAUGGGCUAGCCCCUUACCGGCUUAAACUGAGAGUCAAGUUCUUCGUGGAGCCUCAUCUCAUUUUACAGGAACAGACUAGGCAUAUCUUUUUCUUGCACAUCAAGGAGGCCCUCCUGGCAGGCCACCUCCAGUGUUCCCCAGAGCAGGCAGUGGAACUCAGUGCUCUCUUGGCCCAGACCAAGUUUGGGGACUACAACCAGAACACGGCCAAGUACAGCUAUGAGGAACUGUGUGCCAAGGAGCUCUCCAGUGCCACCUUGAACAGCAUCGUGGCAAAGCAUAAAGAGUUGGAGGGGACCAGCCAGGCUUCGGCUGAAUACCAAGUUUUGCAGAUUGUAUCGGCGAUGGAAAACUAUGGCAUAGAGUGGCAUUCCGUGAGGGACAGCGAAGGGCAGAAACUCCUCAUUGGGGUUGGACCUGAAGGAAUCUCAAUUUGUAAAGACGACUUUAGCCCCAUUAACAGGAUCGCUUACCCUGUGGUGCAGAUGGCGACUCAGUCGGGAAAGAAUGUGUACCUGACCGUCACCAAGGAGUCUGGGAACAGCAUCGUGCUCUUGUUUAAGAUGAUCAGCACCAGGGCAGCCAGCGGGCUGUACCGAGCCAUCACCGAGACGCACGCUUUUUACAGGUGCGACACAGUGACCAGUGCCGUCAUGAUGCAGUACAGCCGAGACCUGAAGGGCCACCUGGCUUCUCUGUUUCUGAACGAAAACAUUAACCUGGGCAAGAAGUAUGUCUUCGAUAUUAAAAGAACCUCAAAGGAGGUAUAUGACCACGCCAGGAGGGCUCUGUACAACGCAGGCGUGAUGGACCUCUUACCAAGAAGCGACCACAGCCCCCCAAGUUCUCCCCUAAAGUCCUCUGAGAGCAGCAUGAACUGCAGCAGCUGCGAGGGCCUCAGCUGCCAGCAGACCCGGGCCCUCCAGGAGGAGCUGCGCAAGCUGAAGGAGGCCAUGCUCUGCAUGCUGUGCUGUGAGGGCGAGAUCAACUCGGCCUUCUGCCCCUGCGGCCACACUGUGUGCUGCGAGGGCUGCGCCACUCAGCUCCAGUCAUGUCCCGUUUGCAGGUCGCAAGUGGACCACGUCCAGCAUGUCUACCUGCCGACCCACACCAGUCUCCUGAACCUGACUGUGAUCUGACCUGCUGUGCACUUACCAGACGUGCCGUGUCUCCAUGAACUGCACUGUUAGAAACUAUAAAAAUGAUAGACUGUGGAGAGAAUAAAUACUCCACCACACAUCUGCCAUGCAACGUUUAGGGACAAAACAAAAGGAAGAAUAAUAAAAAUACGAUUACUCCUCACCGCCAACAUGUCCCACACGUAGAAUCAGCACCUCCAGGGUAACAACGAGGAAGAGCUCUGGGCCCCAAACACAUUCCUUGAACUUUGCUUCUUUUUUAUGAUCUAGCGAAGGAAUCAGGAUCAAGUGAAGGAAUGGACGUCGGUUCCGUGGCAACAUGGCCAAAGAGUGGGGACCUUUUAGAAAAUAAUGUUGUAAGUCUCCCUAACAUAUCCCGAGGUAAGUUACCUACCUGCAAGCCAAUUUUGUAAGAGUUCCCUUUAAGGAUUUACUUGGGUUUUUUAGUACGGGUCAUGGAGCGCCAGACAUUUUUAAUAGGAACAUUUUUCUUCAAAGAUAUAGUCAUUGUUUUCAUGUCAUGUCUGUUUUUCUAACUUGUUCAAGAAUAAUUGGGAGGCCAACAGUUAAAACUUUAUUCGGGGACUUUUUAAAGGUAGACAACAAGUUGUCGGAUUUAAACCAGUCUGGCUAGUAGAAAACAGAUCACCACGUGGCUGGUUUCCUAUCUCUUCUCCCUCUCCUCUUCCCCAAGCCUUUCACUUAUAAAAUGCUGCCAGGUUGGUUAGAUGAGUUCUGUGGAGUAGUCAGCACUCCUUGGGCCUCUUGAGUUGGUAGAAUAUUUUAAGGCUGGGAAGGGGGGGUGUGUGUUCCUUGGGAAGAGAGAGCAUUGCUUACUGCGACGAAGCUUUGUGGUGUACAAAUGAGGGUGGUUCGUGAGUUCUCCCAUGCACCCUGCUCCAGCCUCACCCAGUGGGGUUGCUUUUGCUUGAGCCAUCAAGCCUUUUACAGCCUUAUCAUAAAUAUCUUAGGUAUUGUAUGCUUUUUUUUUUUUUGUACUAUAUGCUUAAGUGUUAACUUUUCAUUGUCCCUCUAUACGUGUUAGAGGGGUUUCGGGGUCUUUUUGUUUCUCUCUUCCUAAUCUUGUUCUCCACUCCCACUUGGGCAUUUUGGAUGCUGGUCAGCUUGUGGGUUUUCUAGGAUGUCGGGAAACCUUGAUGAGCUUAUUGGGUGCAAUACUAGCUAAGUUAAAGCUAGAAAUCUACACUGUCACUUUACUGAGAUUUCUGAGUAUACUCUUCAUAUUGCCUUAAUGUAGCAGUAAUGUGUUUAUGCAUUUGUUUCUUUGCACAGACAUUUUGUCAAAUAUUAAAACUCUACUUUUUUAUGGCACAUAUUAGCAUAUAAGCCUUUAUUCCAAGAGGUAUUUAUUUUUUCACUUGUAAAAAAAAAAAUGUUUCCACAUAAAGAACUCUGUUAUAUCCUAAAGGACUUCUGUCUUUUAUAUUCAGGAUAAUAAAGACUUUAAAGCAAA